AUGGAGAAACUACUGCUGAGUCUACUUGGUCUGCAGACAGUAAUGGGGAUGGGACACUGGUGUGAACACAGGACACAAGAAAGGGUGGAACAAGUCCUGUCCCCACGCCUGCAGCUAGAGGUGAGGUGUUCAGAGGUGUAUCAGUACAACACCCAAGGAUGGAGGCUGGAUGUGGACAGGAUGCGAGUCAAACACGGGGGCGAUGAUGGUAUAGCUCUGUACUACAAACAGCAGGGCUCCGAGGCAUCCUGUUUCAUGUACAAACCGCCAGAGAUCCAGAGCCAGAUGCUGAACAAGACAGUGAGAGCAUGUUGUGAGGGCUGGGGUGGCCCACGCUGCUCUGAGGCUGUGGGUGUGCGAGGUCAGUGCUACUCUACGUGGAACUGUGUGGAAUUCCCUGGAGUUCAUAAUUCCUCACUUAUGCCCAUGGAGCAGUGUUGCAGCACUCUGUGGGGACUGAGCUGGAGGAAUGCUUCAGACCAGACCUGUUUGUCUUGCACUUACACUUUGCUUCCAGAUUCCCAAACCUCUCCUCUGAUGCGCUUUGGUCUGCCGGGUAGUGCCAGGGUUCCUCAGAGCUCAGCCACCUGCAUGUCCUGGGGUGGAGUCCACUACCGUACCUUUGACAGGAAGCACUUCCACUUCCAGGGCAGCUGUACUUACCUGCUGGCCUCAUCUACUGAUGGCACCUGGGCUGUCUACAUCAGUACAGUUUGUGAUGGGAGAGAAGACUGCAGUAAGGCACUAAGGAUGAUGCUGGGUCUUGACUUGGUUGCAGUACAUCACAGGAAUUUAACCCUGAACAAUCUGCACGUUCCAAACGGACAGCCACUUUUUCAAAAUGGAGUAAGUGUGCAUUGGCUGGGAGACUUUGUGUUUGUGGAGAGUGGCCUGGGGGUCAGAGUAAAGUUUGAUUUGGUGAACACAGUAUACCUGACAGUGACCGCUGAGCACAUGGCAGCCACCAGGGGAUUAUGUGGAAUCUACAACAACAACGCGGACGAUGAUUUCACCACAAUGGGUGGAUCCGUGUCCCAGUAUGCUGCCAGCUUUGGCAACUCAUGGAAAGUUCCGGACCAACACAGCGAAGGCUGCAGUGAUGCAGCUGAGCUCGGUCGCAGCUGUGACGUGACAGGAGACACUGCGCUGCGUCAGGAGGCAGAGUCAGUGUGCCGCCGCCUCUUGGAAAACCCCUUCACUCAUUGCCAUCCUCAGCUGGACCCAGCAGCCUACAUAGACACCUGUCUUUACCUGUUUUGCAGCCUGCCAGCCAAAGAGAGGGAAGGGGCAGUGUGUGACACCCUGGCUAGCUACGCCCGAGAGUGUGCCCAACAACACAUCAUCUUAAUGUGGAGGACACCCACCCUGUGUGGCCGUGUCUGUCCCAGAGGUCAGGUGUUUUCAGACUGCAUAUCCUCCUGUCCUCCCAGUUGUACUUCUCCACAGCCCCCCGGGCAUGCUGCAGCCAUGGGCCAGUGCAGGGACGAGUGUGUUGGAGGAUGCGAGUGCCCUCCAGGCCUCUAUUUUCACCAGGGAAGGUGUCUGAAAAGAGAUGAUUGUCCUUGCUUUCAUCGCAGACGCACAUACCAGUCAGGGGACAAAAUACAACAGAGAUGCAACACCUGUGUGUGUAGCUCGGGUCAGUGGGAGUGUACUGGGGAGAAGUGUGCAGCCGAGUGCGCCCUGAUGGGCGGUUUACAGGUGACCACUUUUGACAAAAAGAGGUACUCACUGCAAGGAAGCGACUGCUCCUUCAUUGCUGUGGAGGACUUUGUUGACAGGAAGGUAGUUGUGAGUGUGCGCUGUGGAGAAUGUACGGCAGGGGGAGGGGAAGGAGGAGGGGGGUGUCUAAAGGAGAUGUCAGUGACAGCUCUCCGGACCACAGUCACCAUCACAGACACCGGUACAGUGACACUGAAUGGCCAGAGGGAAGCGGUGCCCUUGGUAACAGGGGAUCUAGCUGUGCUUAGGGCUUCCUCCUCAUUUCUGCUCAUCUGGACGUUUGGAGCCCAGAUUCUGUGGUACCUAGAUGGACCACUGGCCUUCAUCACCUUGCAGCCUGGCUUUGGAAACAAGGUGCGCGGCCUGUGUGGAACACUGACCUGGAACCAGCGUGAUGACUUUACCACCCCAGAAGGAGACGUGGAGAACAGCGUGACAUCCUUUGCGGCGAAAUUCACAACAGAGCUCUGCGCCCUGCCUGGAGGAGCUACACCAGAGGCCUGCUCCACGUACACCCAGAGACGACAGUAUGCAGAGACCGUGUGCGCUGUCAUCCACAGCACCAUCUUUCAGUUGUGUCACGAUGUGGUGGAGAGGGAGCCAUAUUUCCGUCUCUGUCUGUCAGAGGUUUGCAGCUGUGUGCCGCAGGGAGCCUGUCACUGCACCGUCCUCGCUGCCUAUGCCCGACACUGUGCUCAGGAAGGCAUUAUGGUCCAGUGGCGCAACCACACCUUCUGCACAAUGCAGUGUUCAGGGGGUCAGGUGUACCAGGAGUGCGGUCGCACUUGUGGGAACUCAUGCUCAGAUUUGAGACACGGCUGGAGCUGUGAUGACAGUCGCAGUCAAAGAUUGUGUGUUCCAGGCUGCCAGUGCCCACCAGGGCUUGUGCAGGACCAGCAGGGUCAGUGUGUUCCCAUCUCUUUGUGCCCAUGCAUGCAAGGAGAAGUGAUGUAUUCACCUGGGGCCGUGGUUCAAAAUAACUGCAACACCUGUGUGUGUGAGCAGGGAUUGUUUAACUGCACUCAAGAGCUCUGUGAGGAGGUGAACCAGUGCCCUGGUACUCUGGUCUACUCCCCACGCUCCUGCCUCCUCACCUGCUCGAGCCUGGACCCUCCUGGCCAACAGCAGGGGUCAAGCGUCAUGCAGUCAAGCUGCAGAGAGCCCCUAUCUGGCUGUGUGUGUCCACAGGGAACUGUCUUACUAGGCGACCGCUGUGUUCUGCCAGAUGAAUGUCCAUGUCACCACAAUGGUCGACUUUAUUACAGCAAUGACACCAUCACUAAGGACUGCAACACAUGUGUGUGUAAUGAGCGUCGCUGGCACUGUGGCCGCUCUGCCUGUGCUGGUGUAUGUGUGGCAACGGGGGACCCACACUAUGUGACGUUCGACGGUCGUUGCUACUCUUUCCUGGGUGACUGCCAGUACGUGUUAGCCAGGGAGACCAGCGGCUUAUUCAGCGUCACGGCGGAGAACGUGCCGUGCGGAAGCACGGGAGUCACCUGCACAAAAUCAGUCACCCUCAGUCUGGGAAACACGGUCAUACAUCUUCUAAGAGGUAAUGCUGUGACAGUAAAUGGGAUGCCAGUUAGCCUACCAAAGUCUUACAGUGGCAGUGGCCUGACUCUGGAAAAAGUUGGCCUGUUUGUGUCCCUCUCUUCACGCCUUGGAGUCACUUUGCUGUGGGAUGGAGGUAUGCGUGUGUACGUGCGUUUGGCGGCCCAUCUUCGUGGUCGGGUCGGGGGCCUGUGUGGUAACUUUGAUGGGGACACAGAGAACGACUUCACAACACGGCAGGGAAUUGUGGAAUCGACAGCCGAGCUGUUUGGAAACUCUUGGAAGGUCAGCCCAUCCUGCCCUGACGUGGCAGACCAGGACCUCCGGGACCCAUGCGCUCUGAACCCCCACAGAGUGACAUGGGCCAGGAAAAAAUGUGCUGUGUUGACUCAGGGACUCUUCUCAAGGUGCCACGCUGAGGUGCCCUUUCAGCAGUAUUAUGACUGGUGUGUCUUUGAUGCUUGUGGCUGUGACUCAGGUGGAGACUGUGAGUGUCUCUGUACAGCCAUCGCUACCUAUGCCGAAGAGUGUAACCGGCGAGGGGUCUACAUCCACUGGCGGUCCCAGGAGCUCUGUCCUCUGCAGUGUGACAACGGGCUGGUUUAUGAUCCCUGUGGUCCAGCUUGCUCAUGUUCAUGUCCAACCAUUCAGCAAAGUCCACAUUCCAGCUGCGAUGCUCUUUCCUGUGUGGAGGGCUGCUUCUGUCCUGCAGGCACUGUCCGACAUGGCGACAGCUGUGUAGUUCCCAGCCAGUGUCCGUGUGAGUGGGAUGGCUCCUUGUUUCCAGCUGGAGCUGCUGUCACUCAACACUGCCAGAACUGCUCCUGUGAGGAGGGUGUUUGGAAGUGUGACGGUGUGGCUUGCCCUCCUCCCUCCCCUCCCUGUCUGGAGUCAGAGUUUACCUGUGCUGGGGGACGCUGCAUCCCCUCCCAGUGGGUGUGUGACAAUGAAGACGACUGUGGUGACGGUUCAGAUGAGAUCUGUCCGUCCACCUGCUCCCCGGACCAAUUCCGCUGUACCAGCACACCGAGUGGACCAUGUUUGAACCUGGCUGUGCGUUGUGAUGGCCACCCAGACUGUGCUGACCAAUCAGAUGAGGAGUUCUGUGGACCUGCCACCCCUGUGCCCCUAUGCCCACCUGAGGAAUUUCAGUGUGCAAAUGGAAAGUGUCUGCCAGCCAGCCGUGUUUGCGAUGGAUGGCUGGACUGUGGCUUUGCUGAUGGAUCUGAUGAGCAAGACUGUGGUGUGGUUUGUGAUGAAGGGGAGUUCCUGUGUGCGGGGGGACGAUGUAUUCUGUACCUCCAUCGCUGCGAUGGCCACGAUGACUGUGGGGACCUCAGUGAUGAGAGAGGCUGUGUGUGCGCACCAGGAGAGUUUCAGUGUCGAGGAGACCGGUGCGUCCCCACAGACAGAGUCUGUGAUGGAACCAAAGACUGUCCCUCUGGAAUCGAUGAGGCUGUCUGUCCAAGUAAAGUGACCUGUGCUCCGGACCAGUUUGCCUGUGGUGAUGGUACAUGUGUUGCCAUCACUAAGCUGUGUGAUGGAGCCACUGACUGUUCAGGAAGGGAGGACGAGAACAGAACCAACUGCGUCACCAGUACCACAACACCAUCACUCCUGCCUGUCACACCAACGUCUGCUUGCAGGUCUUAUGAGUUCAGCUGUGCCACUGUUGGGCAGUGUGUGCCUCAGGCCUGGCGCUGUGAUGGAGAAACAGAUUGUAUGGAUGGCAGUGAUGAGCAGCAGUGCGGCGCCCUGUGUGGCUCCGGCCAGGUGCCUUGUGUCAGUGGGGACCAGUGCGUGGACUACCAGCAGCUCUGUGAUGGGACCCCACAUUGCAGGGAUGCGUCAGAUGAGAGUAUCGACAACUGUGGCUCUACCCGGAUACCUCCCUGUUUAGGCAGCUUCCCAUGUGACAACCGCACCUGUGUGAACAUGUCACAGAUCUGCAAUGGUGUCCCAGACUGUCCACGGGGCGACGAUGAGUUGGUGUGUGAUAAAACUGUCUCACCACCACUUCCUGGCAGCAAUACCACUGUCACCUGCUCUGAGUUCACCUGUAUGGAUGGAACCUGUGUCCCUUUUAACGUGGUGUGUAAUGGUGUUCCAGACUGCCCAGACUCCUCAUUAGGGUCGCUCGGAGGCCCCACAGACGAGCAGGGCUGUAAAACCUGGAGCUCCUGGGGCCCUUGGAGUCCUUGCAGCACCACCUGUGGGACGGGUUUUAUGAGCCGGGAGAGAUCAUGCCCUCCAGGGGACCCGCUGCACCACUGCCGGGGUCAGGACAUCCAGAGGCAGGAGUGUUUCAAUACCACCUGUCCUGUUGAUGGUCGAUGGCUGCCAUGGGGGAGCUGGUCAAACUGUUCCAGUGGUUGUGGUGGAGUUCAGGUCAGGACCAGAGCAUGCACACCUCCUCUCUACGGAGGACAGGACUGUUCCCAGCUCCCAGGACCAUCUAAUCUGUCCAUGGAGACCAAACCAUGUCUGAAUGAUGGAUGUGACAACACCAGCUGUCCCACAGGCUUGGUUAGCCACAGCUGUGCUCCCUGCCCAUUGUCCUGUGGCCACAUCAGCAGUGAGUCCACCUGUGAUCCCAGCGCACCCUGCUUCUCAGGAUGCUGGUGUCCAGAGGAGCAGGUGAUGAGCCACACACAGCAGUGUGUGUCACCAGAGGAGUGUGUGUGUGAGGUGGCGGGUGUGCGCUACUGGCCGGGCCAGCAGAUCAAAGUGGACUGUGAGGUUUGUGUGUGCGAGAGAGGAAGGCCGCAGAGGUGUCAGCCCAAUCCUGACUGCUCAAUCCACUGUGGAUGGUCAUCAUGGUCUGAGUGGGGAGAGUGCUUGGGGCCGUGUGGUGUGCAGAGCGUUCAGUGGUCCUUCCGCAGCCCAAACAACCCCCCCAAACAUGGAGAUGGUAGAACAUGCAGAGGAAUUUACAGGAAGGCUCGCCGGUGUCAGACAGCCCCCUGUGAGGAGUGUGAGUAUCACGGUCAGUCCCACACAGUGGGCGACAGAUGGUGGUCAGACCAGUGUCAGCUAUGCCGCUGUCUUCCCAACCUCACAGUGCAGUGCUCCCCCUACUGUCCAUACGCUGCCACUGGCUGCCCUGAGGGCCAAAGUCUGGUGCCUGGAGAGGGAGACAGGUGUUGUUACUGCCAAGGUGAAAAUGACACAAUACUUACAACAAUUGGUCCUGUCACUGUGACCUCCAAGCCAGCACAGGUCACUACACCCCUGAUUCCCACAUACCCUCUUCCUCCUGGAGAGGAAUGUUGGUCUCCCCUGGGUGUCCAGUCUCUUCCUGCCUCAAGUUUCAGUGCCUCUUCACAGCAGGCCGGUCACCUCCCUGAUGCAGCUCGUCUGCAUGCGUGGGACCCUCGCAGUGACCUCCAGGGCUGGAGUCCAGAACCAGAGGAGUAUAAGGACCUACCACAGCGGAGGCCUGACAGCUACACCGGCAACGCACAGAGUCCCUACAUACAGAUAGACCUGCUAAAGCCAUACAACAUCACUGGUGUGUUGACCCAGGGUGGAGGUGCGUUUGGCACAUUUGUGUCCAGCUUCUUCCUCCAGUUCAGCCAGGAUGGAAAUCAGUGGUACACUUACAAGGAGCUCGUCACUGAUGCCCCACCCAGAGCCAAGGUUUUUCUUGGUAAUCAUGAUGAUCGAGGAGUGACAGAGAGCAGACUGGACAGGAUUGUGUCGGCUCAGUUUGUCCGCCUUUUGCCCCAUGACUUCCAGAAUGGCAUCUAUCUUCGCCUUGAGAUCAUGGGCUGUGGCGAUGGUUCUCGCUGGUUAACAUCACCCAGUCCUCCCUCACCAGUCUCCCCAGCAGGUGGCUGCAGAGAGAAAGAGUUCCAAUGUGAGAACGGUCGCUGCGUGCCAGCAGGUCCUCUGGGUGUAGUCUGCGAUGGCGUCAAUGAUUGCGGGGACGGUUCGGACGAGACCCACUGCGGUACGCAACCUUCCACUACAGCCACCAGUCCACGUAGCUGCCCUGCUGGUCAGUUCUCCUGCCCCCCACCAGGGGGCUGCAUCGAGGCAUGGAAGCGUUGUGAUGGAAAUCCCCACUGUCCCAGAGGAGAGGAUGAAAGUGGAUGCCACCCUCAUGACAACAUUACCGCCCAGUAAGACAGGCCGUACACACCCACGCCUGCCCCGCUGAGGACUCCAUCUAUGGCUGCUGUCACACAUCCUGCUGACGGUGGCCCGGGAUAUCACGGUAUCUGCUCCUCUCCGCUUGGACUAGAGGAUGGGAGAAUUCAUUACGGUCAGCUCACCUCGUCCUCCCAUCGGGAGAACAACCCUGCCGAUGCCGGGCGGCUGAAUAUAGUCCCAAACAUCCAGGUGAUGGAGCCCGGUUGGAGCCCGUUACCUACAGACCCUCAGCCGUAUUUUCAGGUGGAUUUCUUGGAGCCCAUGUGGGUGUCAGGCGUGGUGACACAGGGCACUGAGCGAAUGUGGGGUUACCUCACCAAAUACCGCCUGGCGUUUGCCCUGCACAGCAGCCUUUUCACAGACUUUACUGAGAAUGGGAAGCCCGAUGGCCCCGCUAAGGUGUUUGAGGUACGGAUGGUGGGCAGGACCCCUGUGACCCGCUGGCUCGGUCGGCUGGUCAGAGCUCGCUACGUGCGCAUCAUGCCUACAGAGUACAGGCACACGUUUUACCUGCGCGUGGAGAUCCUCGGCUGCCGAGGAGAUGAGCUGGUGACUCCCAGCAGUGUGACAACAUCUCCCUCUGGUGGUGGGAAAGUGACUGUGCAGCGCUGUGAACCUGGUCAGUUUUUCUGCCAGCACAGUGACGAGUGCAUCUCUGUGUCUUUGCUUUGUGAUGGUCGAACAGACUGCAAGGAUCAUUCUGAUGAGAUCGGCUGUGGUACAGCUCCAACAAGAGGCUUUCCAGGUCUGCAAAACCAGACCAGCUCUACAGGGAGACCAGGUAUCCAUGGUGACCACACAACAGGUGCCCCAGGCCUACAUACCACCAGGUCUCAGGGCGGACUUCCUGGAGUGCCAACAUCAGGAGUCACAGAACCUACUCGAUCACAGAAGAUCACAACUGCUGAGGUCACUACAGGUCAUCCUGGACUGCAUCUCAGCACGCGGUCCGACUCCGGUACGCCUGGUCUUCGAUCCACAAAAGCCCCAGUGAUCACCACCAGCCCGCGUGAUACCGGCUUACCCAGAGUGAUUUGCGUGCAGGGCCAGUUUGCGUGCGGAUCGUUUGGUUGUGUCGACUCAGCACAAGUGUGCGAUGGGAUACGGCACUGUUUGGAUGGGUCAGACGAGCAGCACUGUGGCACCACAGCCAGGCCGGCAGUGACUCCACAGCGACCCACGGUGCCCAGCCCGUGCUCUCCCAAGCAGUUCUCCUGUGACAGUGGGGAGUGUGUUCACCUGGACCGCAGGUGUGAUCUGCAGAAGGACUGCGUAGAUGGAUCUGAUGAAAAAGACUGUGUGGACUGUAUCAUGUCCCCGUGGACAGCGUGGAGCGCCUGCAGUGUAUCUUGUGGUCUUGGCUCCUUGUUCCGGCAGAGGGACAUAUUAAGGGAAGCUCUGCCCGGAGGAGCUUGUAGCGGGGAUCAGUUUGACAGUCGAGCCUGCUUUCCUCAAGCGUGUCCAGUUAAUGGUCACUGGUCAGAGUGGACAGAGUGGUCGGAAUGUGACGCCCGCUGUGGAGGAGGAGUCAGGCAGAGGAACCGGACCUGCUCGGCUCCGCCCCCUAAGAACGGUGGACGGGACUGUGAGGGGAUGACCAGGCAGAGCCAGAGCUGCAACAGCCAGCCCUGCACCAAAGACACUGACACACAGACAGGUUGUGUCCGUGGCAUGGUGUUGGUAACAGAGGAAGACUGUCAGGCCGCGAGAGUCGAUCCCUGUCCUCCUACUUGCUCACAUCUCAGCCUGGACAGAAACUGCACUGCUGAGUGCAUUUCGGGCUGUCGUUGUCCCUACGGGCUGUACCUUCAAGAGGGACGAUGUGUGAAUUCAAGCCAGUGUGUCUGUCACUGGGAUGGCCAAACACUGCAGCCGGGACAGGUGGUCCCCAGGGACCCGUGUACCACGUGUAAGUGCAGAGAUGGGCAAGUGACAUGUGACAGAUCCAGCUGUGUUGUAACCUGUCACUGGUCAGCCUGGUCGUCAUGGUCACCUUGUGAUGUAACCUGUGGUCUGGGGCUACAACAACGUUACAGGUCUCCGGUGAUUCCAGCAGGAGCAGUCAGAGUUCAGCCCUGUCCAGGAGACUCCUCUGAGGCUCAGCGUUGCUCCAGCACAUGCUUCCCUGUGCUACCAGGUGGGACAUGGAGUAAGUGGACCAGCUGGUCAGAGUGCAGUAAAACGUGUUUCAACCACGUAGAUGAUGUGGGGGUGAGGCGACGGUUCCGCAGCUGCACGCCGUUUAACCACACGCAGUCCGCCUGCGAUGGAGACAGUGAGGAGCAGGAGCCGUGCAACACUGAGCACUGCCCGGUGCCCGGUGGCUGGUCAGCCUGGUCGGCCUGGUCUCAGUGUUCAUCCAGGUGUGACUCUGGUGUCCAGACAAGAGAGAGGCUGUGUAAUUCCCCAACACCACAGCAUGGAGGUAAAAGCUGUUCUGGGCCUCACAUACAGACACGCGACUGCAACUCUCACCCCUGCUCAGGUGUGUGUCCAGAGGGCAUGACGUAUAUGACAGUACGAGAGUGCGAGGCUCAGGGUGGCGCGUGUCCACGGGUGUGCUUGGACAUGACCUCCACAGAGGUACAGUGUGCCACCACCUGCUACGACGGCUGCUACUGCGCCCCGGGCUUCUACCUGCUCAACGGCAGCUGCGUGCCCCUGGCACAGUGCCCGUGUUACCACCAGGGGGAGAUGUACCCAGCUGGUGCCACCCUGCCUGUUGAUGCCUGUAAUAACUGUACAUGCACCGAUGGAGAAAUGCAGUGUGGGACAGCUCCCUGCCCCGUGGACUGUGGCUGGAGCAGCUGGACACAGUGGAGUGCCUGCAGCCGGACGUGUGACGUUGGUGUGAGGAGGAGGUAUCGCUCAGGAACCAAUCCUCCUCCUGCGUUCGGUGGACGUCCCUGCAAAGGAGACAGGGUUGGGAUUGAUACCUGCAGCAUUGAGCCCUGCUUUGGUUUAAAGGAGCCAUGGAGUCCAUGGUCGGAGUGUUCAGUAACGUGUGGAGGAGGGUACAGGACCCGAACCCGCGGACCCAUACGGAUUCACGGCACCACGCAGCAGUUCAGCACCUGCAACCUGCAGCCUUGUGACGAAGGGAAGAAGUGUCCUCCGGGCCAGGAGUGGAUGCAGUGUAUGAUGGGAGCAGUAUCGUGCAUGGACCUCACACUGGAUCUCAGCAGGAACUGUACUCCAGGAUGCCGCUGUCCACAAGGGACUCUCCAGCAGGACGGUGUGUGUGUGAGCGAGUCUGACUGUCGCUGUGAUGUAGGCGGAGAGCAGUACAAACCGGGAGACACUGUGCCCUUAGACUGCAGUAACUGUACCUGUGAAGGAGGAAGGCUGGUGACUUGUUCUCGUUUUAGCUGCAAUGUUGAUGGCCAGUGGUCAGCAUGGACUCCCUGGGGUCAUUGUUCGGUGUCUUGUGGAGCAGGCCUCCAGUCUCGGUACCGGUUCUGCUCCAGCCCCCGGCCCUCUGGCAGUGGCCUGCCUUGUAUGGGCCCUCACCAUGAGGACCAAGUCUGCAUCAUCGCCCCAUGUGACCGUGAUGGUGGCUGGGGUCAGUGGAGUCAUUGGACGGAGUGUACCAAGUCUUGUGGUGGGGGGGUCCGAAGCAGAAGGAGAAAUUGUGACAGUCCCAGUCCAGAGGGGGAGGGGAAUUACUGUGAGGGGCUGGGAAGUGAAGUCACAUCCUGUAACACCGACCACUGUCCAGUGGCACCAUGUUCCCAGGUCCCAGGAACAGUGUUCAGCAGCUGUGGACCAUCCUGCCCUCGCUCCUGUGAUGACCUUACUCACUGUGAGUGGCACUGUGAGCCAGGAUGCUACUGUACAGAGGGAAAGGUCCUGUCUGCUAAUGGGACUGUCUGUUUAGAGAAGGAAGAUUGUCCCUGCCUGGACCUUAACACCGGACGACGACUGGAACCUGGAGACACCAUUGAAGCCAUUGAUGGAUGCAACAACUGCACCUGCGAAGGCGGGAAAUUCAACUGUACUCGAAACCCUUGUCCAGUGUCAGGUGGCUGGUGUGAGUGGUCAGAGUGGACUCCCUGCUCCAGGACCUGUGGAGCAGAGUCAGUGACCCGAUACAGAAGCUGCAGCUGUCCUGAGCCAGAGGCCGGAGGAGAGCCGUGCUCUGGUGAGCAGGAACUGCACAGUGGGGUUGGAGUUCACAUCCAGAGGCAGCCCUGCCCUGUCAUUACUUUCUGUCCAGUUCAUGGCUCGUGGAGUCUCUGGUCCAUGUGGUCAGAGUGCAAUGGAUGCACAGGGUCGUCGACUCGGACCAGAGAGUGUAACAGUCCUCCUGCUAGAUUCCGUGGUCUGCCGUGUCUGGGAGAGGGGAGGCAGAGCCGCCCUUGCAGUGAAAAUCUCACCGUCUGCUCAGACUGUGGUGGAGGCCAGGAAGAAUGGACUUGUGGGAAGCCCUGUCCUCGCUCCUGUUCGGAUCUCCAUGAUGACACAGAGUGCUUGGACUCCCCCGAGUGUAACGCGACCUGUGGUUGUCCUGGUGACAUGGUGCUGCAGGACGGAGUGUGUGUGGUCAGACAGGAGUGUCGCUGCAAAUACCACGACAGCUCUGCUAAUGAUUCAAGCAAUGCAUUGUGGCUGUGGCCCGGUGGAUCUGAUUGGCUGUUUGCAAAUCCAGGAGAGAAAAUUAUCAGUGACUGCAAAAACUGUUCGUGUGAGGCUGGAGUUCUGCAGUGUCAGUCUGUCCCCGGCUGCCACGUCGAUGGUGGCUGGAGCCAAUGGGGAGCCUGGACUGAAUGCUCUCUUUCAUGUGGCGGUGGAGUCAAGUUCAGAAGACGCCUGUGUGAUAAUCCGUCUCCGCAGAGUGGCGGAAGAGGCUGCCCGGGUGAUGCUGAGCAGCAGAGAGACUGCAACACGCACCUGUGCACAGAGUCAGUAGGCCCGUGGUUGCCGUGGUCUGAGUGCUCGGUCAGCUGCGGUGGAGGGCAGCAGUACCGCUCUCGUGUCUGCAGCUCUCCAGCGUGCAGCGGCCUCAGUCGUCAGAGCAAGAUCUGCAACACCCACGUCUGCCUCGAGGUGGGCUGCCCUCCUGGCAGGCUGUACAGGGAGUGUGACCGAGGAGAAGGCUGUCCUUUCAGCUGCGCUCAGGUCAGCGGCAGGGAGGGAUGCUACGCUGACGGCUGUGAGGAAGGCUGCCACUGUCCCGUGCACACCUACCAACACCGUGGACUCUGCUUAUCGGAGUGUCCAUGUCUGGUGGAUAAAGAGCUGCUGGCCUCUCUGCAGAGCAUCUCUGUGACACCAGUCGCAUCCCUGCCUUUUCAUAACAUCUCAGAGGAUAUGGAGCUCCAGUCUGGAGAAACGUUUGUCCAUGACUGCAGCGCCUGCGAGUGUGUGCAUGGCAGGUGGAACUGUUCUCUGGAGCACUGCCCUGUACAUGGUGGUUUGUCUUCCUGGGGCCCCUGGAGCCCUUGCUCACUGUCCUGCGGUGGUUUGGGGCUCAAGACUCGCUCUAGAGGUUGCACACAGCCCGCACCGGCACAUGGAGGGAGAGACUGCCAGGGGCCACGGAGGGAAACGACCUACUGCCAGGCCCCUGACUGUCCAGCUACUGUUGUUCCAACAGAAGAACCAGCCACACCAGAUGAGGACUCUGGGUUCUCUCCCUGGUCACCAUGGAGUCCUUGCACAAAGACCUGCACCGACGCUCUCAGCCCGGCCCUGAAGUCCCGCCAUCGACAGUGUGUGACACCACCCUGUUCUGGAAGCUCUCACCAAGAGAAGGCAUGCAACUUGCCCCAGUGUCCAGGCGAGGUAUGUGUAGAGGCCGAGUGUGCGCGAAGGAACUGUUCGUGGACCGAGUGGGCAGAGUGGAGCGCUUGCUCGCGGUCCUGCGGCGUGGGUCAGCAGCAGAGGAUCCGAACGUUCCUGAGCCCUGGAACAAACGGCUCGUGGUGCGAGGACAUCCUCGGAGGAAACGUGGAGCAUCGCUUCUGUAACAUCAAACCCUGCAGAGUUGAUGGAGGCUGGUCCCGGUGGAGUCCGUGGUCGCGCUGUGAUAAGCGUUGUGGCGGCGGACGCUCGAUACGCACUCGCUCCUGCUCUAGUCCUCCACCCAAAAAUGGUGGAAAGAAGUGUGCAGGAGAGAAGAACCAAGUGAAACCUUGCAACACCAAACCGUGCGAUGAUAGAGGGUGCCCACCAGGCCAAGAGUUUGUGAUGUGUGCCAACCAGUGUCCACAGCGCUGCUCAGACCUCCAGCAGGGCAUAGAGUGCCAGACCAACAGCGAAUGUCAGCCUGGCUGCCGCUGCCCUCAAGGUCAGUUGCAGCAGGACGGGGUGUGUGUGCAGCUGUGGCAGUGCGACUGUGUGGACUCGCUGGGGCAGAUUUGGGUGGCCGGCAGCACGCAUCUGGUGGACUGCAACAACUGCACCUGCUCUGACGGACAGCUCCUCUGCAGCAAUGACAGCUGCCAGGCUACCUGUGUUUGGAGCUCCUGGUCCAGCUGGGCUCCCUGCAGUGUUUCCUGUGGACAGGGCCAGAGAACCAGAUACAGGUCUCUGACCCCAGACACUGAGGGAACACAUUGCCACUUUGAGGAGGUCCAGCACAGACCCUGCAGUCCAGGAACCUGCCCGCCUCUCUGUCUCCUUGACAACCAGACGCUCAGUGUGGGUGACACCUGGCUCCAAGGAGAAUGUAAACAAUGCACGUGCACUCCAGAGGGAAUUUUCUGCCAAGACAUUGACUGCAGAGUGGAUGGUGCUUGGACCCCCUGGUCGGUGUGGUCUGACUGCUCAGUGACUUGUGGUCGGGGCACGCAUGUUCGAACCCGCGCCUGCAUCAACCCCCCACCACGAAACAAUGGGUCUCACUGCAGUGGGCCAGAGAAAGAAACACAGGACUGUCAGACCCCUCCAUGCCUGGAUGACCUUUGCCCUUGGUCUCCUUGGUCACCGUGCUCCCAGACGUGCGGGGCGGGGUCUGUAUCACGACACAGGGCGUGUGUGUGCGAGCAGGGAGGAGAUGCGGCGUGUCCCCCUGAGAUCGAGGCUGAAAGGAACCGUGUGGAGACGCAGCUGUGCUACAAACAGCCCUGUCCAGGCUGUCCCAUGUCAGCGUGGAGUGUUUGGUCUCAGUGUUCCUGUGCGUCCCAGAGGCAGCAGCGUUACCGUGUAGCGCUCUCUUCACCCACCAGGGGCCAACAGUGCACUCCUGUGGAAACGCAGAGCCGGGCAUGCAGUCUCAGCCGCUGUGAUGUCUGCGAAGCCCCGUUUGUGUACUCGUCGUGUGGCGCUCCCUGUGAGAAGCAGUGUGAGCUGCAUGGCCGUGAAGAUCUGUGUCUGGGUGUCAGAGAGUGCACACCUGGCUGUUACUGUCCACAGGGCCUGCUGCAGUAUAAUGGGAGCUGUGUUCCUCCAGAGGAAUGUGGCUGCAUCCACUUGCAGCACCAAGCUGCAGGAGAUCCACCCACACCUGUCACCGUCCCACAGGGGGCCACGGUCACCAUAGGCUGCAGUACCUGUCUUUGUCACGAUGGGAGUUUGCAGUGCGACAUGAGAGAAUGUGAAGUCGUCCUCAGCGAGUGGUCGGGCUGGACUCGGUGUUCUCCCUGCACGCUGCGGCACAACAGCUCGCAGAUGGUGUCGAUCCAGAGGCGCUUUCGAGCCUGUUUGGACCUGGAUUCUGGUCUUCCAGUCACUAAAGAGGAGGAGAGCCAGUGUCCAGGACUGCUGGUAGAGGAGAGGUCAUGUCCAGAUGCUAACAUCUGCAGAGAUGUGUGUCAGUGGAGUGGGUGGAGCGCUUGGACAGCGUGUGCUGAGCCGUGCAGCGGUGGAGUCAGGCAGCGCUACAGACAGCCCCUGGCCUCUCCUGCAGGACCCCACUGUAGGAGCCAAGAGACCCAGACCCAAGGAUGCAACACGGCACUCUGCCCAGGUGAGCGCUGUGAGGAUAGGGAUCGAGCCUACCAGGACAGCUGUGCCAACAAGUGUCCUCGCAGCUGCACUGACCUAUGGGAGCAUGUGCAGUGUCUCCAAGGAGCCUGUCACCCGGGUUGUCGGUGUCCAGAAGGACAGCUGUUGCAAGAUGGCCUCUGUGUGCCAGUGACAGAAUGUCGUUGUGGUAUCCCAUCAGGCAACGGGACCCUGGAGUUCAUCCCUGAAGAGGAGUUUACUGUGGACUGUAAUACCUGUGUGUGUGAGAAUGGCACUGUGGUGUGCUCCAAGCUUCCCUGUCCAGUUUAUGGGCCCUGGAGUCCAUGGAGUGCCUGCUCAGCUUCAUGUGAGCGAGGCCAGAGAACCAGGACACGCCACUGCCAGGACACAGAGGGUGGGCCGCCCUGUGCCGAAAUCACGCAAACAGAAAUCUGUGACCUGCCAUCGUGUCCGGCGGGUUGUUUGCUGAGUGAGUGGUCAGCCUGGAGUGAGUGCAGCGCCUCCUGUGACGGUGGGUUGUCAUUGCGGAACAAGACGGUCCUUCAAGAGCCAGAGCCCGGUGGGACAGCCUGUGUUGGACCACUUGAACAGCACGUUGUCUGUAACACCAACAGCUGCCUGCCCGAGUGUCCCAGCACGCAGGUGUCCAGUGACUGUUCGGCUUCCUGUCCGUAUACCUGCGAGGACUUGUGGCCACACACUCAGUGUUUACCUGGACCCUGCACGCCGGGGUGCACAUGCCCUCCUGGACAGGUGUUGCACAGCGGCUCCUGUGUGACUCACGCUGACUGUCCCUGUUCACCGCUCUCUUUGCCGGCUGAUUUUCAAAGCAGGAAUGUCAGCUCCGAGUACUUCACGGAGGCUCUGCUGCCACCGGGAACGGCCAUUCAGCACCUCUGCAAUACAUGCGUGUGCCAAGGUGGAAUGUUCAACUGCACCUCAGAGCCCUGUGAGGUGGACUGCCAGUGGUCCACAUGGUCCCAGUGGAGCCCUUGUUCAGCCAGCUGUGGUACAGGACAGCAGAGCUCCAUCAGAUUUGUUCUGGAGCCCAACCAGUAUGGAGGGGCUCCGUGUGAAGGCCCUAACCUCCGCACAACAACCUGCAUCGCCCCUGACUGUGCGUGUCCUGAUGGGGAGCAGUGGAGGAGGACGACAUCAGAGGGGAUCCUGCUGUGUGAGAGGAGCUGCCAGGACAUUUAUUCCUCCUCUCCUGUCAACUGCAGCCACUCUGCUGAAGGCUGCGUGUGUCAGGAGGGGCUUUACCGAAACCCGGAGGGCGCGUGCGUCAUCCCUGCCCUCUGCCCUUGCCAUGACCGGGGCGUCCUGCGGGAGGCUGGAUCAGAGUGGGAGGAGGACUGUCUGUCAUGCAGCUGUGUGAACGGGAGGAAACUGUGCCGGCUGAGGUGCCCUCCACUUUACUGUGAUGAGGGGGAGGUGAAGGUGGAAGAACCAGGCAGCUGCUGCCCAGUGUGUAGAAAACAGUUUCCAGGUGAGCCUGUGCAAGAGUGUCAUCGCUAUGUGCAGGUCCGCAACAUCACCAAGGGAGACUGUCGACUUGACAAUGUGGAGGUCAGCUUCUGCAAGGGACGCUGCCUGUCCAGGACUGAUGUCAUCCUGGAGGAGCCGUAUCUCCAGUCAGUGUGUGAGUGCUGCAGUUACCGUCUGGACCCGAACACCCCGGUGCGCUUCCUCAGCCUGCAGUGUGAGAGUGGAGAGAGCGAGCCGGUUGUCCUGCCAGUCAUACACAGCUGCGAGUGCACUAGCUGCCAAGGAGGUGAUCUGUCCCGACGCUGAGCGAGUCUGUUAAACGUGUCUGCGAAUGCACUGCAGAGAGAGCAGUAUGAAGUCCAA